AUGCUAACAUUAAAAGAUUUUAACGAACAAUCCAAUGUUUUAUUAACAAGAUGGAACCAAUGUGUAAACAGUAGUAACGAAAUAGGAUGGAGCUGGAUAAAAAUUAAUAAUGAUACAGGAUACCUUACUACAAAAAGAUUUUUUAAUAAUAUUGAUAAUAAUAAUAAUAUUAGUAAUGUAGAUAAUAUAGAUAAUAAUAAUAAUAAUAGCAAUAUAUUUAAUAAAGAAGAAAUAAUAGAAGAAAGUGAUGAAUCUGUAUUAAAAUCAAAUCAAACUUCUAAAACAAUAGUUAUCGAAUAUGAUAUUAUAUAUAAUAAGUCAUAUAGAGUACCGGUUUUAUAUUUAAAUGGAUGCUAUUUAAAACAGUCUACAACAGAGCCACUAUCAUGGGAUGAACUAUGGAGUUUACUACCACUAUCAUGUUUUGAUAAACAGCAACUCUCAUCCACUCCUUAUAUAACACAAGUUGAACAUCCAAUUUUAGGUGUACCAACAUAUCAACUUCAUCCAUGCGAAACUAAUAAUUUAAUGGAACAAAUAUUAUUAUUAAAAAACAAAAUUAAAAAAACCAAUAACAACGACAAUGACAAUUCUACCAAUAGAGAUAACAAUGAUAAUAAUAAUAAUAUUAAAAACUAUUUAUUAAGUUGGUUAACAAUAAUAUCACCAAUGGUUAAUAUUAAAAUACCUUUACAUUUAAUAAAAGAGUAUAGUAAUAAUUAA